AAACAACAAUGCCCGUCAAAUGGGUUUUGUAUUGGCAACCUAAUCAAGGAUCUACAGUAAGCAGCCAAAUCCUCAACGAAGCUACACAAUGCGUAGAGAGCAUCAAUGGCGUCAAACAAGGAAGAUGGAAAUCCACUCUCACCUUUUACAAACCCAUGCUACGAGACCUGGCGAAUCAAGCGGAUUUCCCGCGCGAAUUUCUGGGGAUUUCGCUGGCGGAUGAGCCGAGUAAGUACUAUUUCAUCAUCAGGUCGCAGAGGAUCGUCAUGGAAGCAGAUUCGUCGAUUCAGUUGAUAAUGGAGAAGCUUCAGUCUUACAAAUCCUCUCUUUACAUUGAAGGGUUUCAGUAUCAGCUUGGUGAUUUUCGGCUUAGAGUUGGUAAAGUUGUUUCUACUCAUUCCGAGAAUGUUAGAGGGAUAGUUAUGGAGGUGGAGUAUCUUCCAAUAUCAUCAAUGGAAAAGGCAAGAAAAGUGAUGGAGGAGUUUUUGGAGAUAUGGCAUGAAGCUCUGUCUAAAAGGGCGUUGCCUGGUAAGUUUGUGAACAUAGAGCUAAACUUUGGGGAGUUUGGUCUUGUAGACAGCUACACUCCACAGCACACAGCUGUUGGAUACGCUCUUGUCAUGGCUCACAUGAUUGCAACGGUUCAAGCUGUAAGAGGCUAAAACUACAACACAGCUUUCCUUUUUAGGUAAACUUUCUGAGUUUAUUGAUUUUAGUGAUACCAUUGCUCAUUUUUGAAUAUUAAGAUUAGAGCAUUAUUUUGGUUAGAAGAGCUAGAAAGACCAGGCUGAAAUAGCUCUAGAAAACUUUAGACUGGAGCAGAUUUGUGAUUUUUUACCACUUGAUUUGAAUUUUCCGGUUAAG